AUCGUGCAGACCCACUACCUACCCGAACCGUCAGCAAGUUGCACGGUGCGCCCGGCCAACAACCCGAUCCGCAUGGAGGAAGUCGCGAAUGCCACGCACCUCUGGUCAGAAAGGCCCUGCCCAUCUAUCCUUCUUGGUGGUCUGUUCUUCGCCGGUGCCACAACAGAGAAAGCAACUGCUUCGAGCUGUGAACUCGCCCAGCUGUGCAAGGCUCAUCCGAGGGACACGCCUGCAGGUUCUGAGACGGCAAACAGGGUGUCACUGAUACGGAGAGUUUCUUCGGAUAGUUACAUCUACGACACGGAGACCAAAAUACAAGCCAAGGCAAAGAAAGGGAAGGUGGCCAGGUGCCUGUACGUGGACCACAUCGAACUGGACGACUCCAACUGCACCUGCCAGGACCGGGACCAAUUUCCGCUGCUCAGCAGCGUACGCAAAGGAAUGCAGUGACUUCGACACGCCAUUGUGUCCGCCGACCAAGUUAGGAUGCGUGAUAAUGAAGUGUUGCUAAGAACUGAAUCGGAGAUGCGAAAAUGUAUUUCAAUGUACAUCUUUUUCAAUAAAAUA